CGAUACUUGAUAGUGACGUACGUGUGGUGUGGUUUGCGGUUGGCAAACAAUUUUUUCUCACGCGAAGAGCUGCAUGUUGCUGGAUUGCUAAUUUAAUUCCAAAGAAAAUGCACUGAUACAUUUACAUACGUUGGCCUUUUAAUUAAAUUACUUACAGUGCCUAUACCCUUUGAGAUACUUUCGUCAUUGGAAGACUCGACGGUUACCAAAAUGAGUUUAGUAGGAAAAAAGUGCGAAUCAAUAUCCCUAUUGGAAUCGAAUAAAGGAGACGUAAUACCGAGUGAUAUUACUCCUGAAGAUGUUUUGAGGCUGGAUAGAAUCACUGACACAUAUCUGUGCAGCCCUGAGGCUAACGUAUACGAUAUAGAUUUUACGAGGUUCAAGAUUCGUGAUCUAGAAAGUGGGACAGUGUUGUUCGAGAUAGCGAAACCGCCGACAGACUUCGGUGUGGACAGCGAGGGCGCUGAGGACGCUCCCGAAGAGCCCUUGGACCCGAACGCGGGCAGAUUCGUGCGAUAUCAGUUCACCCCGCAAUUUUUAAAGUUGAAGACAGUUGGGGCUACUGUGGAGUUCACGGUUGGCUCGCGUCCUGUCAACCACUUCAGAAUGAUCGAGAAGCACUUCUUCAGAGACACCCUGCUGAAGACCUUUGACUUUGAGUUUGGAUUCUGCAUUCCAUUCUCCAGGAACACUUGUGAACACAUAUAUGAGUUUCCUACGCUGCCACCAGAUCUAGUUGAAGAGAUGAUUGCAGCACCGUUUGAGACAUGCUCGGACAGCUUCUACUUUGUGGACAACCAGCUGGUCAUGCAUAACAAGGCUGAUUAUGCCUACAAUGGAGGUAUCAACAACUAAAGGUGCACUGUAACAGACCAUAUUUUGUAAAUGUUUGGCCACUUGGCCAAAUGGCCAGUAACUAUGGGUGUCAUGCUCUAGCACAGGGGUUGGUAUACAGUGGCUCACAAGCUUAAGGAAGCUUUGUAGGGUUCCAUACCAAAAAAGAUAAAAUGGUAACAUGGCUAAAAAUCUCGGAAACUACAUAUGCUAUCAAUUAAAAAUUUGAAAUAGUUAUAAACAAGGCUAACCCAGACGCAUUGAAACUGUUUUUAUUUUAACCCUUAAAUGCAUAUUGUUGCCAAGUGUAUACAAAGCAUUGGACAGCUCACAGAUUCCUAGAUCCUACAUCCAAAUAACAAAUCAUAAAAAAAUAAAAAAUCAUGCAUUUAAGGGUUAAGGUGCAAUGACUAUCCUUAUGGAGCCCGUAAAUGUUAACACUUAACUUUUUUAUUUUUUGAUCUUUGACACGACCCCUGCAUUAAGAUAGAGUAAGAUGCCCAUAGUUGCUUACGUUACGUGUGCCGUAAUACGACACAAUUAUUGCAUAAACAUUAAAAUUUUCGUGUCUACACAAUCCUUUAACGAUUGGCACUAAACUUUUUAAAGCUUUGGUUUUGGUCCAAGACACAUAAAUUGCAAUUAAUAUUUUGAUAUUCCGGUAUAGAAUACAAGGAAUGUUUUUCUCACAUACACUAUGUGUAACAAAUGAUCUCAAAAUUUGUAUUUAUUUGUUUAUAAUUAUAUAAUGCUCUAAGCAAUUAUUGGUUUCAUAUUUAAGAACUGAAAAAAAAAAUAUCUUAAUCAUUUCAACAUUAAUGUGUUCAAUAUAAUGGUUUUAAAAUGGGUAUACAAAGUUGAAAUUUAUAAAAUUAUUAUUUCUUGUACUUAUAAAUACAUCAUGCUCAUGAGCCGAAACUAUUAGACAUGUAUGUUUACAUUAUUCCGAACUGUAAGAAGUGUUUUGAAAUCUUAUUUUAAAUUGCAUUUGCGCCUAGCAUUUAUAAUGGACUUUUAAUAAGUUAUCACUAGAGCACCCAAUGUUUGAUGUUCACAGAAUUUUUGUAUUUUAUUUAUAUUAAAAUGACAUAACUAUUGAUAGAGUGACUGUGUUCUAGAUCUUAUCUUAUAAUGUUACUAGUAUUGUAAAAGGCGUGAUAUAUAUUGAAAAGGAUUAGAAUUUAUGUACAUAAUUCACUGGAAAGAGUGGCCAGAGUACAGUUGCAGUAGGAUUAUUCUAUUCCUCUAAAUGUAGCUUUGUUAUAAUAAUUUUUUCAUGUUGGAAUUUAUUCAUAAUUCACAAGCCCUGCCACGUUUUAUAAUAAUUAACCAUAUUUUUUAAUAUUUUAGGAAUAGUUACAAACUUGGAGCAGAAUAAAAAAAAUACGAGACUAAUUUUUGACUUAAGGGGGUUGAAUCUUUAAACAACAACUCAUCUUAAGUCUAGAGAAAAAGAAUAUUAACACUAUACACUAUUAGAUGUUAAAAUGUGUGCUUAACCAGUUAUAUCUAGUCAUUAUUGUAUGUCUACCAGAUUGAAUAUACGGUAAGUACCGAAAAUGAAAAUGCAAAGAGAUGAGAAGAGUCAGAAAGAUAAACAAUAUGUUAACAACUACAGGGACUGAGAAUUCAAAAGGGGUAUUUACAUAUAAAAAAUAUUGUAUAUGUAUGGCAUCACUUGUUAUCAAGUGAAUUUAAAACGAAAAAUAUGUAUGUACUUAAAAACAGGAACUACUGUAGGAAUAAAUAAUUUGGUAAUUACAACAUAAAUGCUCAUUUCUAUAUGGCGUUAUAAAUUAUUUUUUUUGUAAUAUAUAUAAAUUACCAUUUUAAGCCAGAUCUAAUUCAGUGCUAGUUCUUUGUUGUACGACAAUACAACUGAGAAAUAAAAGUCUUGAAAGUUGAAUAUAAUAUCUACAUGACAUAAUCAUUCAAAAAUCAUAUUUUAAACCAGAAUUGUUUGGUGAUAGUGACCCUCUUUUCAUAAUUUUUCUUCUAAAUUAAAACGCGCUAUCUUACAAUUGAAUGUAAGCAAAUUCUAUAAUAAUUAAAAUUAAAAAGGAAUUAAUGGAAAACCCCAAAAUAAUGUCUCCUUUUAUGCCGUCCAACAUUGUAUACAAGCAUUCUUGCUGAAUAAUAAAUGUAAAACAGUGAAAUGUGUUCAUUUCAUGUAAUUUGAUUCUGGGGUAAAAUUAAAAUUGGAUGUAAAUUUGUAAGUGCCUAAGCCUUUUGUUACUGUAAUCUUGUUACUUGCUCCGAGUUAUCAGAAAAAUAAAUAAAUCAGCCAGCGGCAACUAUAAAAAGUAACCAGGAGUCAUCCAUUGCCACGCAUUGAUUGUAUUCGGAUAUCCAACAAAUGGUCAGGUCUUACUUAAGUAAUAAUUAUAUCACAUGUACAAUAAUAAAUGAAUGUUUUUUUUUUAAUUAGGUAGAAACAACGAUUACUUGCCUGGGUGAGAAAAUGAGGAUGCAAAUAGUGAUAGUUAAAGAUUGUAUAAAACGUAUCUUGAAAUAUGAAUUAAAUCUUCAAAAUUGCGCAAAAAUUUAAUCCUAAUUUAUGAGAAUAAGCCAUACUUUUAUAACAAACAUAUGGAAAUAAUCCCCCUUAUUUUUAUUAAAAUUUAUUCUUACGCAUUAGGUAUGUGCGUGAUUAUUAUAACAAUUAUAAAUAAACUAUUUUGGUGUUGUCUAAUCGGCAGCCACCGCUUGAAACGCUAACUCCGUUAAAGAUAAUUUUCUCGCCCGGGUCCGAAAAUUAAUUUGAUUAUUUGUGAAAUUUUUUACUACCAAAUUUUUUUGUAACCAAUUGGGUCGUGAUUGGAUCACGAUCUCCUGAAAAGCCUUACUGAAGUGCAUUUAUGCGUUGAAUUAUUUAGUUCCAUAUACUUAAUAUUAAAUGUGUUUGUACCAUGUCACUGGCAUCACCUCACUAGUUUUGUCGAAAAUAAAACGUUUGAAAACA